CUUUGGAAAACUGCUCCGCCACAGAAGUUGCCGCCCAAGCUCCUCUCAGCCGUCAGCCGUUAACCGUUAGCCGUCAGCCGUUGUUGUGUCGUCCAUCUUCCAUCUUCGUUUUAAUAGUUGUUGCUGUUGUUGUUGUUUCAAGCUUUUUUUCGCAGCUGGCAGCAACAAUACUCGCUCACCCACACAAAUCCAACAACAACAACACACACAUACGCAGAGAGAGAGAGAGACACAGCUGCAAGCACAGCUGUGAGCAUUGAACGAAGAGUUAACUUGAGUUGAGUUGAGUUCAGUUCAGUUCAGUUGUGUUGGGUUGAGUUGAGUUCAGUUGAAUUGAGCGACUCACAAUAGCCAGAGCAGAGAACCUAUCGUCAUUUCUGGCUGAGUUUCUGCGUUCAGUCAAGCAGCGGCCGUCGCACGCAACACAGCAGCUCCACUCAAAACGCACGGAGACGGAACGACGCUAACGCAGCAUUAGCCAUUAUAUAUAUAUAUAAAAUAUACAUAGACCACACUUGCAAAAUACCAAUACAUAUAUAGAACUUUAAUUAAUUCGCAACAAACAAUAACUCAACUUUCAAGUGCUGUGCGUAAUUUUAAAGAGCAAAGAAACAACAUAGAGAGAGAGCUAGAGAGCGAAAAAGAGACGGGCGGCAGUUUUGGCUUUUUUUUAGAAUGUAUUAAAAUUUAAAUGUUUAACUAGAAUAACAAAUUUAGUUGUUGAUACUUUUUGCAAUUAUUUGUUAAACCAAGAAAGUAAAAAAGAGAGAGAGAGAGAGUAGGCAGAGGAACAGAGACAAAGCUUCAGUCAGAAAUUGUGUGCCGUAAAAAAACGUGAAAUAAUCAAAUAAAAGCAAAUCACAAAUAAUCAAUUAAUAAAUAAUAAAUAAAUGAACAACACAACAUACACAUACAACUACAACAAAAAACACACAAAAAUCAAAUCAAAUUCUUGUGAUUAAAGUGCAUUUCUAAUACAUAUAUACAUAAUUAUAUACACACUCACACACUCAACUAUCCAUAAAACGCAACGAAUAAUCAACAAAAUCAACAAAACACAACAAGAGUAAAGAAAUCCCAAUCAAAAUCCCAAUUUGAGAAGCUGCACAAAUACAAAUUUCCAAUUCCGAUUGGAGACAAAACGUCAACGAGUGAGAUAAAUUCCAAUUCGAUUGCUGCGCUGUCCGUCCGCGCUAUGAAGAUGGAAGUGCUCUCAGUACAAAAUCAUAUUCAGGGACAAUUUGGUGUCAUUGGUACAACAAAAGUAAAAGACUGGACGAGUCCGCUGACUGCACCAGCAACGGUUAGCGGCAAUGGCAACGGGCGUCGCAGUAACUGUGCCGCCAGCUGCAGAGGUGAACGUGGCUGAUGUGGAUAUUGUGGAUGUUGUGGAUGUUAUGGAUGUGGAUGUUGUGGAUGGACAUCCAGCUUCGGUGCUGCACAUGCGUCAGCAACAACAUCAGGCGCUCAAUCAGUUGCAGUUUCAGACGCGGCCUCGUCUCUCCUCCUCCGCGUCAUCCUCUUCGUCGGCGGUUUUUAAGCCCCCCGCCUCUCCAAUGGCCGUCAGCUUUGAUGUGCUCAACGGCGGCAGCGCUGCCGCUGCGGCUGCCUAUAUGUCCAACGUACUGCAGGCAGCGCCGCCGCCGCCCACGCUGCCCGCCUCACCGAUGCAGUCGACAGCGGCGUCGCGCUUCGGCGCCAUUGACAAUCUAGACGAUGUGAAUCCGAGCGCUGUGCAGGAGCUUUCGCAACGACUUGAGACGAAGCUGCGCGACGCGAAGAGUCGACAUCUCGCCUGCACCGAGGUGACGCUGCCCAACGAUCUCACGCAGCGCAUUGCCGCCGAAAUCAUACGCAUGGCUGAGCGAGAGCCGUGCGGAGAGCGAGCUUGCACUAUUUUCAUUGAGUUCGAGAGUGAGCCGAACAACGUGAGGCGCAUUGCCUCGUUUAAGGUUGAUCCGGACACAGUCUCCAUAUUCGAGCUUUAUCUCACGCUGAAGCAGGACAAGAGCGGCUGGACCUCCCUACUGCCACAGUUUCUCAAAAAUCUAACACGCAGCAAUACGAUUUUGAUCAGUCCCGAUUUUACAUUGACCAAGAACAAGCUUUACUCUUCCGAGUAGACAGAGAGAGAGAGAGUGAGCACAUGAGGCAUGCAGAUGGAAGGCGUGGACGUGGGGGCGUGGUGAAAGCUGCUUACACUCAUUACACAAUCCCUCCGAAUAAGUAAAUGAUAACAAGAUCUUGAAAAAGAUGA